CCUCAAGAGCUCAACACCUAGGAACCACAAGACCCUGAAGACCCUGAAGACCCAACACCCAACACCCGAAGACCCCAAGAGCCCAGGAACUCAAGAACCCAAGUGUAAGUGACCGGUGAGUGGCUUCUGAAGUAGAUCAAGAUGGCGAACGUGUCCCAACUCAUUCGGCGGCAGAGCUCCAGGGAACUGUCAGCGCAGAAGUCGAUUGACCGCCUGGAGUUGGAGCUGGAGGCGCGUCUGGUGCCCACGACCGAGGAAGUGCCAGACUACGGGGCCACCAACCAUGCCUUCGAAGCCUCGCCCGCCGCUGACACCCCGCCCAAGGCACUGGACGAGGCGGCCCCUCCCGUGGCGGCGGGCGUGGAGUCCGGCGCGAAGGAAGGCGGCGAGGGAGAGGAGCGGGAAUCUUGGGACAGCAAGCUACAGUUCCUGCUGGCCACGGUAGGCUACGCGGUGGGCCUCGGCAACGUGUGGCGCUUCCCUUACCUGGCGCAGAAGAACGGGGGAGGCGCGUUCCUCAUCCCGUACUUCAUCAUGCUGGCCUUCAUGGGGCUGCCGCUCUUCUACCUGGAGCUCGCCGUGGGCCAGAGGAUCCGCAAGGGGGCGCUGGGGGCGUGGCACCAGGUCUCCCCUAACUUAGGUGGCGUGGGCGUGUCCUCUGCUGUGGUGUCCUUCGUGGUGGCGCUCUACUACAAUACGGUCAUUGCCUGGUGUCUCUACUACUUCUUCCAGAGCUUCCAGUCGCCGCUGCCGUGGGGGGACUGCCCUCACGCGGUGGGGGUGGUGGAGGAGAACGGCACGAGCCUGAUGGCGGAGUGCGAGCUGGCGGGGCCCACGCAGUACUUCUGGUACCGCGACGCGCUGGAGAUCACGACGGGCAUCGAGGACCCGGGGCAGUUCAACUGGAAGAUCGCGGGCUGCAUGGGCGCCGCCUGGAUCAUUAUCUACGUGUGCAUCAUGAAGGGCAUCGUGGCCUCGGGCAAGGUGGUGUACGUGACUGCUGUGUUCCCCUACCUGGUGCUCCUCGUGUUCUUCUGCCGCGGCGUCACCCUGAGGGGCAUGUCUGACGGGAUCACGCAUCUCUUCACGCCGAGGUGGGAGAAGCUGGAGGAUCCGGUGGUGUGGCUGGAGGCAGGCACGCAGAUCUUCUUCUCCCUGGGCCUGGCGUUCGGGGGCCUCAUUGCGUUCGGCUCUUAUAACCCUGUCAAUAACAACUGUCUGAGGGACGCCAUCAUGGUAUCCGUCACCAACUGCUUCACGUCCCUCCUGGCCGGCGUGGUGGUCUUCUCUAUACUGGGCUUCAAGGCCCACGAGACCCACGACCACUGCCUGCAGGAACUGGAGAGGAAGAAGGAGGCGCUGCUGGAGGAGGACCCCAAUGUCAACCUCGAUGGUCUCCUCCCAGUGUGUGACAUUCAGGAAGAGCUGCAGAAGUCCGCGGCAGGCACGGGUCUGGCCUUCAUCAUCUUCACGGAGGCUAUCAACCAGUUUCCCUUCCCUCCCCUGUGGGCAGUGCUCUUCUUCCUCAUGCUGUUCACGCUCGGGGCAGACUCGCAGUUCGGCACGUUGGAGGGCGUCAUCUCCUCCCUCAUCGACCUGAAGGUGUUCCCCAACCUCAGGAAGGAAGCCAUCUCAGGUAUCGUGUGCAUCAUCUGCUUCUUCAUCUCCCUGAUCUUCACUCACGGCGCUGGCAACUACGUCUUCCAACUGUUUGACUCCUUCGCUGGCAACAUCCCACUCCUCGUCAUCGGCCUUAUGGAGUGUGUCGGGAUUAGCUACAUCUACGGCAUUAAGAGAUUCGCCAGUGACGUGGAGCUGAUGUGCGGGUCUCGCCCCUCACUGUACUGGCUGGUGUGCUGGAAAGUGGUGUCCCCGCUGCUCAUGAUCACCAUUCUGGCCGCCUCCCUGGUCAAGAUGGCGGUGGAGGGCAGCACGUACCUGGCGUGGGACACAGAGAGCGGCAUGAGCAUCAACCGUCAGUGGCCGUGGUGGGCGUGGGUGAUGGCAGGACUGCUCGUCUUCCUGCCUCUCAUGUGGAUAGUCAUCGUGCCCUUCGCCAAUCUGCUGGGCUUCCAAAUGCUGUCUGAGGAGGAGCCUGCCUGGUUCCCUGAGAAGGAGUUACGAAGCGCCCAGGACAUCACGCCCCAGCGGUUCACGGCCCUCGAGCGAGCCCUCCUCUGCCUGUCGGUGUCCACGGAGUCCCUCAGGUCCACAGACGACGAGACAGCAGCGCGAGGCGAAGGCGGCGGCGGAGGCAAGAAGAAGGAAGGUGGAGGAGGUGGAGGAGGAGGGGAGAUGACCAGCCACGGAUCUCAAGUUCCUCUCCUCCCUGCCUCCAAACGAUCUCCCUCCAUCAAAUCUUUCUCCUCCAUUACCUCCACCUCCUCCGGUAACGUCCUGAAGAUUGGAGGAGGAGGAGGAGGAGGAGGAGGAGGAGGAGGAGGAGGAGAUAAGGAUGAUAAACAGCAGCAUUCAAGAAGUAAGAGUGAUGAGAAGAAUAAGAGAAAAGCUGAUAAAGGAGGGAACAGGAAGAGUAUGUAAGAAGGAAGAGGAAGAGAUGGCGAUAAAGUAAGCAAUAAUGAAGGAAAGAAGGAAGGAGAAGGGAGAAAAGUGCAAGAAUAGAAAGGAAAAUGAGAGAAAAUGGAGGAUUCUAUGGGAGACUAGUGAAAAAUUGGGAUAUAUACGAUAGAAGAAAGAAGAAAGAAAGAAAGAAAGAAAGAAAGAAAGAAAGAAAGAAAGAAAGAAAAGAAAA